AUGAUCGACCAAUUUCAAGAAAGAAUUAUGAUGAUUUUACAAUCAAAACAACGUAUUCAAGGUAUUAGAGCAAAGAUGGUAAUCAUUCAAUACAAAUCAAAGCCAACUUCCGGAUAG